AGGUAGUGGUGGUGGUUUGACAAUCAAGUGCGGUAGAGCGCUCCUCUCAUAGUUUGACUCGUGGUAUGAAGCACUUUUUAUCAUCUUGUGAAGCUAGUCGAGGUAAAGUUGGCUUCGAGUGCGAUGGGAAAUGGAUGUACAGCGGAUCUGAGGAUGGCACUGUGAAGAUUUGGGAUUUGCGAGCCCCACAGGCACAGAGGGAGUACGAGAGCAGGGCAGCAGUGAAUACGGUAGUGCUACAUCCCAAUCAAAAUGAACUUAUAUCUGGUGACCGAGAUGGGAAUAUCAGAGUAUGGGACCUGAAGGCUAACUCAUGCAGCUAUGAAUUGGUACCGGAGGUGGACACAGCAAUACGGUCGUUGACAGUGAUGUGGGAUGGAAGCUUGGCAGUUGCAGCCAACAAUAAAGGGACUUGCUAUGUAUGGCGCCUCAGUCGAGGGGCACAUACGACGUGCUUUGAGCCGCAUCACAAGUUACAUGCCCACAAGACUUAUAUCCUGAAGUGCCUGCUCAGUCCCGAGGGUUCUGCUGACAGGUUCCUGGCCACAACUUCUGCAGAUCGAACUGUGAAAAUCUGGAGUGUUGAUGGUUUCAGACUUGAGAAGACACUGAAAGGGCACGAUCGAUGGGUGUGGGACUGUGCAUUCUCGGUUGAUGGGGCCUACCUUGUCACAGCUUCAUCAGAUGCAACAGCCAAGUUAUGGAAUAUCUGUACAGGGGCGACCGUGAGAACCUACUCAGGGCACCAGAAGGGGGUCAUCUGCUGUGCCUUGCAUGAUGGCACAGAUGUGAGCUCACCCAUGUGAUGAAGCAGGCGGAUAGCGAAGAACAUGAAAUCUCUCCAAGCUGUGAGGGCCUGGUAUAAUUGUUUUGUGAGAAGACUCUCUCUCUAUUCGUCGAAUCCAGCUUGUUUUUCUUACUUGACACUGUUCGUCGAAUCCAGCUUGUUUUUCUUACUUGACACAGUUCGUCGAAUCCAGCUUGUUUUUCUUACUUGACACAGUUCUGAUUUCUCUCCUUGUCAAUCUUGAAUCCGUCCAGUCAGGCAUCCAGAGUAGUUCCUGCUAAGAAGCGAGUUCUUGGGCAGAUAUACCAUUUUUCGAAGACUUUUUGCCCCCUCUCAUGCUGCCAGCAUAUGACCUUCCUGAGCAUUGGGGGGGCAUGCCGUUGCUGCAUCGGCCCAUCGUGCUGAUGCUGCAUCAGCAAGUCGUUCUUUCCUCGACCGGAGAAUUGUCUGAUCUUGCGAACGCACGAGUCUCUAUUUUGUCGACAGUUUUUGUCCCUCUCCUCUCUGUUCUGUUAAAUUGUUUAGACCAAUGUGGGGCCCACAGAUGAGGUGUGAGGCAACACAUCUGUGAAGUCUUAUUGCUCACAAUGCUGUCAGAGACAUCUGGUGCUUCUCGAGUUCCCCUGACGCAUUUGGCCCGAUACCUUUUUAUUUGAGCUUCAAAGGGGUGGUUCCAGAAAGUCACUGUAGUCUAGUGCACAGUGCACACCACAAGUAAUUGCCUGGGUCUCCCUCUCUCCCCUCUUAAUGUGUAUGUUUGAGUCUUGUCUUGUAGUUGUGGUGCGCUGACUUUACGAUUUUAAAAUUAAAGUCGCCUAGAUUGACAUCUCGCGUACCUUUGCUUGCCUUUUUGCUUGCUCGUUUCUCCUUCAGAACGUCUCAGGGCAUACUCGCACUAGGUCUUUUAGGACGGAAUCUGGUUGUAAUUCUUGUCCACCAAUGGAUCAGUGCUUGCACCCCCUCCCUCUUGCGAACAUUCCAUUGAUUCAUCCCUGCCUGUUUUGCCCCUUUGAACUGAGUCUGUCAGUAACUCUAUUGAGAUUCAGUCCGGUACAUUCAGGAAGUAUCGGAGUGAGUAUGCCCUAUGUCUUGCCCGCGCUAUCCCUUUAUCUGUCUCUGUCCUUCUCUGCUUCCCYCCCCCCCCCCCCCCCCCCCCCCCCCCCCCUCUUUUCCCUGUCCUUGUCUGCUCGAGUAUAUCUUUUCUUUUCUCUUAUCCCUGUCUGGCUCUCUGAUUUCGGCUGGUUUCUUCGAGUGGGUCUGCUGUUUCACGAUUUUAGUCAUGGUUUGCAUCAUUUUAGUUAGUGAUUAGGAACCUCUGCCAGCUGUCUGUUUUUCUCUUUUUCAAAUGACGUGCCUCGAACUUCCUUCCUCGCUUUUGGGUUCUGCCUGGCAAAUCCCUCUCACCAGUUCCGCUGCGUGUGCCGAGUCUAGUAUCUUCACUGUGCUUUUUUCUUUUUUCCUUUUUCCUGUCCGUAUCUUUUCUCUUCUUUUAUCCCAGUCUGGCUCUCUAAUUUCGACUGGUUUCUUCGAGUAGGUCUGCUGUUUCAGGAUUUUAGUUAGCGAUUUGCAUCAUUUUAAUUAAUAACCUCUGCGAGCCGUCUGUUUUUCUCUUUUGGGUUCUGCCUGUCAAAUCCCUCUCACCAGUUCUGCUGCCUGUGCAGAGUCCAGUCUCUUCACUGGCUUGAGUGGAAGCGUUCCUGAAGAGCGGCACAUGUCUAAGGCUGUCACUUUACAUGGGAAGCUCUUUAUCUCCUCUCUUUAAAGCACAGAUUGCAAUCCGGAUAGUAGUCGUCAUCCCCAUAAAGAAGUUCUAGUUUGGUUGCUAAUAAAUCUGGCGAAGGCUGCAAAGGCGGCAAAGCACCAUUUUGGGUCGUAUUGCAGUUGACGUGGGCCGUCUCGCAGACUGUUUUCUCAUGAUCAUACGGGUCGAAGGAGAUGAUGUGGUGGUUUGAGGAUAUUGUUGUGAGAUGGAUGGUGAAGGCAGAAGAGACCAGGAGAGGCGGUGGUAGAGGUUGGUGAUGGUGAUUGUGGAUUUAGCAAUCAUGGUGCAUUACAGAGUGUGUUGACAGCGACUCGAUGGCGUAUUGUUUUUCGGACGUGGCAAUAUGUAAUCCUGCGAUUUGGUUGUUUUUCACAGGUAGCCUGAGGUAGGAGAUUACAGUGGAGAGCAAGAAAGGCCUAAAUUCAGCUCCCUUGUCCUUGAGAGGCGCGAGAGUGAUUGUUAUGUGCAGGUUGGCCAUAUCUGUAGAUGAGCUCUUGGUUGGUCAUCUGCGAAAGCAAAUGUGGUUUCCGGACUCUGACAUAGCCUUGCCUGUGAUGGGUAUUACUGCAUACUGAUUGCUUACUAACUGAAACCACUCUUAAAUAUGAAGUUGUCUGCAGUACUGGCAUUUGCAAGGAGGCAAAUUGGAAAGGAGGCAGUGGUGCCAUGCUAUCUCAAUAAUGAAUAGCAAGUGAGGUGCAAUCUUUCUCACCUACUCGUUCUUUUGGUUUCUGUUGUUCUGUGGAAAAGCGAGGUGCUAUCCCGGUUCAUAAGGAUGAUAAUGAUCAAGAAAAGUGCUGAACUCAACUGUGUUCCCGAGGACCCAGCCUGAUAAAAAUGGGUUGGGGCUUAACACGGGUAUGGGUUGGGGUUUAACACGACUAUGGGUUGGGGUUUACACGAGUAUGGGUUCGUUGGGGGUUUACAUAAGCAUGGUUGGGGGCUUACAUGAGGGUUUACAUGAGUCAGUUCAGUGAAUCAAUCAGCGCAUUGUAC